AUGGGCGCACAAGAAGGUUCUACUUUUCAUGUUGAAGAAAAUAUUCCGCCCGGUUACCGAUUCAAGCCGACCGACAAGGAACUGUUACACUACUUGAACCUCAGGAUUCUGAAUAAACAUAUAUCGAGUGAUGCCAUAAAAGAUGUUGAUCUCUACAAGUACCAUCCGAACGAUCUUUGCCAAAGCGGGACGAAUGGAACACAUGAGGGCUACUUUUUUACUUUUAGAACAAGGAAGUAUCAUAAAGGUGAUCGGCCGGACCGAACAGCAGCUGAUGGGUACUGGAAAGCCACCGGAGGCGACAUCAUUGUCCAAAGCAAUGGCCAAGAAGUUGGACGGAAAAAGGUGCUUGUCUAUUAUGAAAGGAAAUCUGAUAAUAACAACAAAGGAACGAAGACUAACUGGAUAAUGCACGAGUUUACGAUUCAUCAGAUGAAGGACGUCGCAUGUUCUUCUACAAAUGCAAUUCCAGAUGACAAGACGGUUGAUGAGAUUGAAGGAAAUAAGCAAAAAAGUUGA